AUGUUAAACUAUCAACUGGAAUUAGCUGACUUACAGAACCAGCUAAAUCCUCAAGUUAAUGUUUCCCAGGAGUCAGUCUUAAAUUACGUUUUGGCCAUUAAGUUAGACCAUUUAUCUAAAAUAAUAAAUAAAAUACCAUGUGAAUACUCCUCUGAGUCCUCGAUUAGAUACAGGAGAGGCGAUAGACAAUUAACGGGCCUUGAAUAUAGGAUUCUGUUUAACGAUAUCGUCGAGGAAUCAAGGAGAAUCAACGAGCUUAGGGAACCCAGGCUUACUGAAAAUCCUAUCCAUGAUAAAAACUCACUUAAUAAAUUCAAUAGCAUAGGCUUCAAUGUAAUGGACUUGAUUUACGAGAAUAGAAUAAAGAACAGGGUGAACAGUAGAAUAUCACUGUUGAAUGAGUGGGACUUGGAAGGCAUAGAGCUAACUCCUAAUCCUACGAAACAGUUGGGUGAAUCGUUCAACUUUAUAAACAAAGGUAACAUUUUCUGGACACAUUUUAACGAAAUCGCAGAAAAAUUUAUUAAUUGCACUGAACCGUAUGGUGAGUCGCUGACGGAGCUUAAAACAAGGAUAAACCGGGUACAAUCGAUAACGUACAAAACACAAGCAAGGACUAUCAGUUUUAACACUGAAGGUAUUUUUACCGAGUUAAUCUUAUUGCAAGGCGAAGUGCACACCAAAAGGGUACAAAAAAGAGGAUUAAAAAACUCCGAGCCGAUAGAUUUGAAGGCUAGUUUGCUGAAGGGACUCGACGAAAUAAACAAGAACACAGCUUGCAGGCCUGCUUCUUUGAGGAAAUCCAUGGCAAUGGCAAACAGCGAUAAGUUCACGAGCCAGAAAGAUCCCAACUCUGCAUAUGUCCUUGAGAAUGACCGUGCGCUCUGCUGCUGCUUCAUAGCCCAAAGUAACACAUUUUCAGAGUUCUAUAAGGUCCACUACAUGAGCCUUUUCGAGAAGUACAGCCAGAUCCGGAGGGCCUACGACGAGCUGCUUCCGAGGGUGCAGAUUCUCGAGAUCCAGAACAACGUCCUGUUCGACAUCAUUGGGAACCUGUACUCCAACGAGGAAAGGACGACAAACCUGCUGAAGGAGUUCAUAGAGCUGAAGUCGUUCUGCAUCCACUCAGUAAUGAAGCUCAGGGCUGAGCUGGGGGACAACUACCUGAACAUACUGAGCUCGAUUGUCAACGCUAGCUCCACGAGCGAAGUGAGGCCCUGGGCGAAGAUACUCUCCGGAAUGUUCAACUUCUGCGACGUCAGGGUCGACGAUGAGCUCAUUCAGAACCUGAACACGCUGUAUUCCAUCAACAGGAUGACCCAGGGCGGCUAA